AUGAGGGUCCUCGGCCUUCUGGGGCUCAUCGCACGCCUGCCGUUUGUUGACGCGGCCGCGGCGCGCGGCGCUCUCUUCCCGAGAUCGGGCGCUCUCACCGUCGCCGCCGAACUGAGGUUGGGAGCGAAUGCACUCACGUCAGCCGAGAUUGCGCUGCUGUCGAUGAAGCUUCGGCGGGAAUGCAAUGUCGCAGCGCUCUGGAGCGACGCGGUGCCGACUCUUGCCGAGGUGUGUAAGGAGCAGGCGACUGCAGCCACAGACUUUCCCGGGCCGCUUCCCGUGGUGUUUGCGGGCGCCGCGUCAGAGGUGGGAAUGGCGGUCGCUGCCGGUGCAAGUGCGGUGGUGUUGGCGCCUGCAAACGUGGCUGCAGAGGCCCUCGGGGUCGACGUGCUCUGGCGGGUGAGCUCGGCUGCCGAGGUUGCAGCGGUUGCUGAUGCUGGCCACGGCAGCGGCACGUUCCUCGUUGAUGGCGAGGGCGCAGACGUGGGCGACAUUCUUGGUGCCAUACCACCCGAGGCGGCCGCGGUUGUCGCGAUCUCCGCGAUGCAGGCCGACAAUGAGGAGGUGUCCCUCGGGCGCCGGCUCGCCGCCGCUGGCUGCCGCUCCCUCCUCGUGCGCGGCGCGUGCGUUGGCGACGACGAGGACGUGGCGUACACGCGCUUUGUCGUGGGCGGGCUGACGUCCAAGAUGAGCUCCAAAUUCAAGAUCGACGGUGCGACGGGCGCGGCAAAUGGUCACUUUGGGACCUCGGGUGGCAGCCUCCUGCGGGACAGCAAGACGAACUGGCGGCGGCAAAGGGAGCGCACCAUGACGUAAAUACCCGCCGUUGCGGGACCGCAGUGAGUGUGCGUCCAAGCAGUAGCAGAAGCACGGUCGCCGGUCGGUGCCGCGCGCGCGGCUUACGUGGCACACCUGUCACUAGGAGCUCUUGGAGUGCGGUAAAAUUAUUUCUCUCCGUC